CUCUCUCUCUCUCUCUCUCUCUGUGUUUGUCUGUAUGCAGGCAGAGCGGGCUUCGCUGAAAGAUCCCAACCACUUCUCGUGUUGGAGCUAUAUAGUUUAAACGAGUCUUCGUUGCUGGGCGCGCGGGCUCUGAUCUGCUCCUGUCUCCUCCCACCGUCGGUGUUGGGCUCGAGACUCGUCGCGUAAAAAUAGGGUCUUUGGGCGGGUUGGUUGACCCCAGAGGCAUUAUAUUCGGCGGCAAGAAGAGGCAGCAGCGGCUCCUUCACAUGGCGGUCGGUUUGGAAUCUACAGUGCCCCUUUCCUCUCUUCUCCAAUCCACCUAGCGUUGGAGAUCCUCGAAUGCGACGGCGAGGAAGGUUCGGAGAGCAAGCGAGGGUGGUUGGGAGAAAGAUGCGAUUUUUGCCUCUGAGUGGGACUACUACGAGGGGUUUAUGACGGUGCUGUUGUUCUGCUCGAGAGGGUCUCAGUUAGGAGCUCGUUUGUCGUGGAAGCAUGUCCUCUCCUCUGCUCGCUCGCAAGGGCCGCCAGCAACAGCGGUAUGACAACCAGCUCCGGCUUGUCGCAGGAUGUAUUCCUUACAAGCUAAACAACAUAGACGGGGAUAACCAAUCCUGUGAUUUGCUAGAUAGAGUGGAAGUCCUCAUGGUCACUUCUCCAGGUCGACUUGAUUUCGUCUUCCCAAAGGGUGGAUGGGAGAAUGAUGAGACUGCAGGUGAAGCAGCAUGCCGUGAAGCUUUGGAGGAAGCAGGAGUGAGGGGAACUUUGAAUGACACUGCUCUUGGUGUUUGGGAGUUCAGAAGCAAGAGCACACAGAAGGCCUGUAGUCUGGAAGGAACUUGCAAAGGCUACAUGUUUGCCUUGGAGGUCACUGAGGAGCUCGACUGCUACCCCGAAAAGGAUAGCCGUGACAGGAAAUGGGUGCCUGUGGGAGAAGCCUAUAAGCUCUGUCGAUAUGAUUGGAUGCGCAAAGCUCUCGAUUCGUUCAAAGAUCUUCUCAGAGGAAGACGCAUACCUACUGUUCCUGAGUUAUCCGAGCCACCGAGCUUGUGCAUCGUGAAGCCUUCCGCAGCUGAUCAUGCCAUCGCACUGUGCUGAUGGUCUCCCUCGACCCUUCAGGGUUGAGGAGAAGCUAGGCCUUGUGCCAUGGCGACCUGUAACCCGGUGAAGUGAUUGCUGUGUGGAGUCUCAGUUGCAGGCAUUUCUGUGACAACACUACUUUAUGCUGUAAAGUAGUGUUGUCAGAAUGAAUCAGAGGACCGCGAUAAAUAUUUCAAUUUUAAUUUUCCUCUCUC